GUAUCCCUCAGUUAUGUGGUAGAAACAAUAAAUCAAGUCUCGCAUUAUCUUUAAGUUCGUGGCCGCUGCCUCUUGAUGUCAUCCCUUGCAAAAGGUCAUCUGGUCCUCAUUAGGACAGACUCCAGCCAAAGCUUCGAGCUCUGCUAGUAAGGAUGAGUGUGGUGUUUGACUAACCUGCGUCAGCCGCUGUUCUCUUCGCUUUCCGUUGUUUGUUUUCAAAACCGCUCCGAAUAUUAAUAAUGGCUGGCCCUCUACAUACUUACGGACCGACGUGCCUCCUCGCUGGCGACGAUCCAGACCCCUCUACCUGGCACUCUCUCACCCAGCCGCCACGACCUCGUCCUCAAUUCUUCUACGUCUCAUCUCUGCCGAUAGACGAUCCUCUCAGCUCACUACCACCUCCGUCCAGUGGCCAGUCUUUCGACGAGCGGGUACCGCCGCAGCCGUUUUCCGUUAGAGACAAUAUCUCGCUAGAAGCAGCUUGGUUAUCGAUACGCGUACAGAACCUCAAGGCGACCAGGAAGCGGAAAGGUUUCGGAGCAGAUGCGUUAGAAAUAAACGCCGGGAUAGCCGUUCCUGGGAAAGAGCGUGCGGGAACUGCAGAUGGCCAAGCAGACAGCCUGGGGAGAACUGGUCGUCGACGAAACCGUGGCGCUGGCACUUCUUCCGAUUCUCAUAUGCAAGCCUUGCCGCAAAGACUAGCGUCUCGGUAUAAUGAUGAUUUCGGCAGCGGGGAGUAUCAGGGUAGUGAAUUGAAACAGUCGAGUGAUCAGUCAGCACCGAACAGCAGCAUGGGGGGUAGCUUCUCGACAAGCAGCGCAGCGUAUCGGAAAAGAGAACUCUCUCCGGUUGGCAACGCAAAGAGUUUCCGGCGAAAGAUCGGGGAGUCGGGAGAUGAUUCAGGUUUUGACCCUGGAAGCGUAGGUUCACUUGGUCAUCACUCUCGCGACGGCAGCAUCAGUGGAUCACCUUUCAUCAGGGUUCCUGUUACCCAGCCGUCCAGCCCUUUGUCUCAUUCCAUUGACUCCAUUUCGGUGAGAGAUGGAACUCAGAGUCUUCAGGAGCAAACUGCGAGCCAGACCUACACAGCGUCGAAGCCUUCUGGGCUCAGAACUAGCACUUAUCAGGAGGAAGUGCGAGACCACUCUACGGAGCAUACUGAUGUCGAUUCAGAAGACGAGGAGCCCUCCGCGAAAAUCCCGGUCGGCGUGUCUCGACUUCACCUAGUCGAAUUGCCAAAUUUAAAGAUGAAACCGAUUUACUGGAGUCCACUACACGAUAUAUCAAAUGUUCUCCGCGCAACCUGGUUUUACAAGAAUACAAUGUUACCGGUAGAGACCGAACUCGCCAAUCGAUUAGAAGAGGGAUAUAUCUAUCUGAAACCCUGGACCCAGACGUGGCAAGACGAACUGAACAGCUGUGUGGAGAACGGAGCUGAUGCUGAAUUAAAGAUCGUGCAUCGGUUAUGGCCCAAGGAUAGCAUCUCCUCGAGCAUAGAUGCUAACAUUCGAGAGGUCGAAGGUCAUGGUUCGGAGUCGGCAGACUAUGUUGACUUCUGGGCCUCCGGUAGCUCAGGUGCACAUGCUGCGGCUGUCAAGCCUUACAUGAACUCGAGCGUCGUGUAUGCCGAUGGAACGAACGCACAGAUCCUUCGCCCUAGUCUGCUGCCUUCAGUAUCGAGAGGAAGGAGACCGCUUAGUGCCAUAAGAAAAGGACGCCAAAUUGGUAUACCUGUCGUCCGCGGUUUUAGCCGCAAACAGUGGGAGCGAUUGCACCCGUCCAAGCCUAGCCCUGUGGAUGUUCGAAACUACCUUCGCAGAGCUCAAGACAAAACAAUGAGGCCGAGCCGAGCCGGCGAGAUCUGCUAUGCCUGCGCCAUGGAGGAAGCGAGACCUACGCCAACUGACUUAGUCUUUGUCAUACAUGGCAUUGGGCAGAAGCUCUCGGAGCGCAUGGAGAGCUUCCACUUCACCCAUGCCAUCAACGCCUUUCGACGUCAGGUCAAUGUGGAACUAAAUAGUGAAGAAGUAUGGCCACAUGUGCGCGAGGGCCACAGUGGAAUCAUGGUACUCCCUAUAAACUGGCGGUCAACUCUGUCCUUGGAGGACUCCAAUCUCGAAGCUCAGGUUACAGACGACCCUGCUGCGAAUCAUUUCAGUUUAAAGGAUAUCACCCCAGAGACAAUACCAGCUGUCCGGUCCCUAAUCAGCGACGUCAUCCUCGACAUUCCUUAUUACCUAUCACACCACAAACCGAAGAUGAUCCAGGCCGUCGUAAAAGAGGCUAAUCGGGUAUUUCGUCUGUGGUGCAAGAACAACCCUGGUUUCCAACAAAAUGGCCGCGUCCAUUUGGUUGCGCACUCACUUGGGAGCGCAAUGGCAGUAGACAUCCUCAGUCACCAGCCGACCAAAAUUCCGGAUUUUGACUUCUCCAAUACCUCCAUCCACCCAGACAUAUUCGAGUUUGACACGAAGAACCUCUUCAUCUGCGGAAGUCCAGUGGGCUUGUUCCUAUUUAUCAAUAAAGCGAACCUUUCUCCCAGAAAAGGACGUGAUAAGCCAGGCUCUGAGGGAGACGACCGGCUGUGCGGAGUAGCAGGCGAGGCAGACACAUACGGCUGCUUGGCCGUGGACAAUUUGUACAACAUAAUGCAUACCACAGACCCCAUCGCGUAUCGUGUGAACGCCGCAGUCGACAGUGAUCUCGCCAAUUCACUAAAACCCGCCAUGAUCCCAGGCUCAACAUCCACAUUCUGGCGCUCCUUCGGCAGUGCCUUCCGCUGGAGCAGCUCCACAGCGUCUGUGCCCGAGCGUCCCUCCGUAAUAGCAAAGCUACCAUCAAACGUGGAAAUGGAAACACACGAUUUCACACGCGAGGAGAUAGCCGAAAAACGAAUGCUCCUGCUGAACGAUAACGGCCAAGUUGACUACUUCCUGACUGGAGGCGGUGGUGCCUUGAAUAUUCAAUACCUCAACAUGCUUAGCGCGCAUAGCAGCUACUGGACGCUCACGGACUUCGUGCGAUUCCUCGUUAUAGAGAUCGCUCGGAAGCAGAGUCGCGACGCAGUCUUGCCGGCAUUGAGGGCGGAGAAGAAGAAGGGAUGGAAGUACCAUAAAGGGUGAUAUUCUCCGUAGGCGAAUGCGGUGCUCUGAAGAAGUUAGGUUUUGUUGGAAUGUUGCUCGAGGUGAUUGGAGAACUACACGAUGACACAUAGAUACCCUACUCAUUGAUCUCGUUUGCUUUUUGUUUUCUUCUUGCUUUCUACACUUAUAUCACAUCUACUUCCAAAUCUAUAUCAUCAUAGAAACCAUUUGCUAGGAUAAUAGCAAUACUUGAUAU